AUGGGCAUAUACGAAGGUAUCACCCCAAGGGGUGCACUUGUGAUGUUCUUUGCAUCAUUAGGUGGUUUGCUGUUCGGAUUCGAUAACGGUUGGUGGGGUACUGUACUCGGAGAACAAGCUUUCCUCUGCGAUUAUGGUGCAUCCGCGACCGUUGAUGGAGUCGAAACAUGUAAUCUCACCACUUCACAGCAAUCGGCUGGUACAGGUGUCGGCUCUGCUGGUAUCAUGCUUGGUUGUGCUAUCGCUAUGUACCUGAACAAUCUUAUCGGUCGACAGAAAUCGAUUGUCGCUCUUGCUGUGAUCUCCAUCAUCGGUAUCGUCAUCGAAAUGACCUCAGCAGUUGGGUCUUCCGCUCGUUAUGGUCAAUUCCUCGCUGGUAAAGUCAUCAACUCCAUUGCGAUGGGUAUCGCUUGUAAUGUCAUUCCGAUCUAUCUAUCCGAGACUUCUGUUGCAUCUGCUCGAGGUUUCGUGAUCAACAUGUAUCAAAUGGUCCAAAUCGUUGGUGUCAUUGUAGCUUCAGGCUCAGUCUACGCAGUGGCUACUCGCACCGACAAAUCAGCCUACCUGAUCCCGAUGGGCAUUCAAAUGAUAGCUCCAUCGCUGAUUCUUAUGGUUGUGCCGUUUAUCCCUGAGUCUCCAAGAUGGCUUGUUUGGGUAGGACGAAAUGAAGAUGCCAUCAAAGCCACCGAGACGCUGUUCAAGACCGAGACCAAUGGGUUCGACGCAGCUGAUUAUGUGCACAAACUCGAUGCUGCAUUCCAUGAAGCCAAAGAGGAAGCCAGAGCCACUGGAUGGGGUGAUCUCGCCAGACAACCGGAUCUUCGACGAGUGCUCAUCGCCAUGGGUAUCCAAUCCCUUCAACAAGCGCAAGGUUCUUCCUACAUGACUAAUUAUAUCGUAUCAUUCCUCAUUGGUGUUGGUGUGGUCAACUAUUUCCCCGUCAUCAUGGGUCUUUACUGUUUCUACUUUGUUGCCAUCUGCACUGGUAACUUCUUGCCAGAUAUGGUCGGCCGACGACCCAUCCUGCUCUCCACUUCUGCCUUCUGUGCGGCCACUCUGAUCAUCGUAUCCAUUCUCACCACCGCUUUUGCCGAUCCAAGCUCUUCUGUGCAGAAAGCUUCAAUCGCAUUGAUCUUCCUCUGGUACGGUUCUUUCGGUGUCCAAUCGCCGUUGAUCUGGAUAGUCACUGCCGAAGCUGCUCCCACCAGAAACAGAGAGAAGGUAUUGGGUCUAGCGACCUUCUGUGGUUUCGGUGUUCAACUCAUCAUCACCUUUGUGGCUCCUUAUAUCCAAGAUGCAGGAUACGGUAACAUCGGAUCUAAAAUCGGUUUCAUCUGGGGAGCCUUCUCCCUCAUCAAUAUCGCAUUCGUGUUCUUCUUCGUCCCAGAGACCAAAGGGCACUCCUUGGAGCAGCUCGAUUACCUCUACGAGAAUAGAGUGGCCACUCGUAGAUUCAAGGGUUAUCACUUCGAUGAUGAGGUCCUGGCUACCUCCGCUAAUGUCGUGGACGAGAUUGUUGUAGAUGAUUCCGAAGAGAAGAAACAAGAUCUUGCUUAA